GACAGCCUCGUAAGGCUUCGCCGAACCACAUGCGUAGACGCGAUCAUACAGUCUAGGUUUAGCAUUUCUUGUGCAAGCAUGCUAACAUUGACGUAGGAAAAAAAUUCACCUCAAAAAUGAAUCCAUCGGAAUCGCAGCAAGAUUUACUCUCGAACGAGGCGAGAUCGUAUUCGGUGCAGUCGUUACAACCGUUACAGAUGCCCGUCGACUAUGUUCUUGGCCCGGUCGAGAAGCAUUUCCUGCUCAGUGCGGAACGAGGUGAUUGUGCCACUGUCAAAAGGUUAAUUGAGGAGAACAAGGAUCAUCCCGAACUAUUAAAUAUUAAUUGCGUCGAUCCGCUAAAUCGAUCAGCACUGAUAGCUGCUAUCGAAAACGAGAACAUCGAGCUCAUUAAAUUAUUGCUUGAAUUAGGAAUCGAAGUAAAGGAUGCACUUUUGCAUGCUAUUAAAGAGGAAUAUGUGGAAGCGGUGGAGGUCUUACUGGAAUGGGAGGAAAGAAUACACAAGCCAGGGCAGCCUUAUAGCUGGGAAGUCGCGGAUGCAUCAUCGAAUUUCACACCUGAUAUAACACCGUUGAUCUUGGCAGCACAUAAAAAUAAUUAUGAAAUAUUGAAACUACUUUUAGAUCGCGGUGCAACACUUCCAAUACCUCACGAUGCUAGAUGCGGUUGCGAUGAAUGCGUUACUUCCAGCGAACAAGAUUCUCUUCGACACUCGCAAUCUCGGAUAAACGCAUACCGCGCGCUUACCUCGUCAUCUUUAAUCGCGCUUUCGUCAAAAGACCCACUUUUGACGGCCUUCGAGCUUUCAUGGGAACUACGUCGCCUCAGCAGGAUGGAGCAAGAAUUUCGCUCCCAAUAUAACGAGAUGCGGGAACUGACGCAACAAUUUUCAACUGCUCUAUUGGAUCACGCGCGGACAUCUUACGAAUUGGAAAUAAUGUUGAAUUAUAACCCAACUGGAGACAAUUGGGACCCUGGGGAGAGGCAGACCUUAGACCGACUUAAACUGGCUAUUAAAUAUAAACAGAAGCAAUUUGUCGCUCAUCCAAAUGUGCAACAAUUAUUGGCCGCUAUUUGGUACGACGGUCUUCCCGGAUUCAGGAGAAAAAGCAUGAUAGCACAAUUGCUGGAAGUUGGCAAACUCGGGGCAAUGUUUCCGAUUUACAGCACUAUUUAUAUGAUGGCACCUACUUCGCAGAUGGGAUUAUUUAUGAAGAAGCCAUUUGUCAAAUUCAUAUGCCAUUCCGCAUCAUACGCUUUCUUCCUAAUGCUUCUCGGUAUGGCGUCCCAAAGAGUUGAAUAUCUCUUGAUCGAAUUAUUUGGAAAUGCAUGGAUGCGGGAGAUACUUGCUGGCUGGAAAAAACGAGAACGCGGUUGUAUCCCUGGUUUCGUCGAAACAGGCGUAGUCAUCUAUGUGAUAAGCUUGAUUGUCGGCGAGAUUAGGUCUUUAUGGGCGGACGGAUUGAUUGAAUAUAUAUCGGAUCUGUGGAAUAUUGUGGAUUUUAUUCAAAAUACCUUUUACGUAAUCUGGAUAAGUUUGCGUAUCACGGCUUGGUGGAUAGUUCAGACAGAAUAUUGGAGUGGCUUAGACCCUUGGUAUCCAAGAGAUCAAUGGCACGCAUUCGAUCCGAUGCUUCUUUCGGAGGGGGCGUUUGCAGCCGGAAUGAUUUUCAGCUUUUUGAAACUCGUUCAUAUAUUCAGUGUAAAUCCUCAUCUCGGGCCACUCCAGAUUUCCCUCGGGAGAAUGAUAAUAGACAUUAUCAAGUUCUUUUUCAUCUACACACUCGUACUAUUUGCCUUUGGCUGCGGUAUGAAUCAACUGCUGUGGUAUUAUGCAGAUUUGGAGAAAAUGAAAUGUUAUCAUGCGUCUGACGAGAUACCGGAUUUUGAUAAUCAAGAGAAAGCUUGUUCUAUAUGGAGAAGAUUCGCUAACCUGUUCGAGACGUCGCAAUCUCUCUUCUGGGCAAGUUUUGGCAUGAUCGAUUUAUUGUCGUUUGAUUUAACGGGCAUUAAAAGUUUUACACGAUUCUGGGCACUCCUUAUGUUUGGCUCUUAUUCCGUGAUAAACGUCAUAGUGCUAUUGAAUAUGCUAAUCGCUAUGAUGUCUAAUUCUUAUCAAAUUAUUUCGGAAAGAGCUGAUACAGAGUGGAAAUUUGCCAGGAGCCACUUGUGGAUGAGUUACUUCGAGGAUGGUGAUACUGUACCACCACCAUUUAAUAUGAUUCCGACGAAUAAAACCUUUAAAAAGCUACUAAAAUAUGGAGGAGGCGAUCGUUCCACAAGAUCUUUUAUUAAAAAAUCUCGAGAAAGAGCCAUGAUUAGGCACGACAUCGUAAUGCGAGUGCUUAUACGUCGUUAUGUGACGGCUGAACAAAAAAAACGAGACGAGUUUGGUAUUACGGAGGAUGACGUCAGAGAAAUUCGACAGGAUAUUUCGACUUUCCGAUAUGAUUUGAUCGACAUUCUUAGACAGAAUGGAAUGCGCGCCCCGCAGAUUGAUAAAGAAGAAAUAACCAUACCCGGCAAAAAAGGCAAAGUGAUGGAACGUCGUCUGCAAAAGGAUUUCCAGAUUGGCAUGGUAGAAGGCAUUGUACAAGCUGUCAUUCAGAGUGAGAAGGAACCUAAGGACGUGUUCAGUCAAAUCGCAAAAGCAAUAGGACGAAAAGGAAGUGGUAGCACUAAAAAAGACUGGAAUGCCGUAGUGAGACAAAAUACUAUCGCAAAUGAUCCAAUAGGAAGUACAACUGAGGCGGUGCAACGUCAAACCAGACGAAGCUUACGUCGUCAUCUGCAACACCAACCCGAUUCAGAUCUGGCUUCCAUGGAUCCGAAACGGCUACUUGAUUAUAAUCCAAAUCUCUCCGAUUUUACACCGGUAACCAGAAUAGCUUAUGCCAAAUUCAUGAUGAGCAAAAACAAGCUAAACGAGCAACCUGAUGAUACAAAUGGUUCUUCGAAUGCAAAGGAGGAAAGUGUCGAUGUUCCUCGAAGAAGUAGCAAAAUAUUGAAGUCUAUGAGCGGAGGUAGUGUAAACAAAUUGGCAGAAAGAACGCUUGACGUUAAAGUUACCGAAAUUAGGUCUCCUUCGCCUAUACCCGAAGAUCCCGUAGAAGAAGAAGCUAGCAAGCAGUCAACAUCUUCAGGAACAUCUGAUCAAAAAAAAAAAAUUGAAGAAAAGGAUAAAUACAAAAAGAAAAGCGUGCAAGAACAAGAGAAGAAGGAUGGAGAGACAAACGAGGCAGAAAAGUUAGAAGAAAAAAAAGAAAAAAAGAAAAAGAAUGAAAAGUCCGAAAGUACACAAAAGGAUAACAGUGAAAAGACAGCGGAAACAAAUGAGGAAAAUGAUGAAAAGAAAAAUAUUGAAUCUGAUGCGAGGGAGCCAGUAGUUGCAUCAAUCCCAACUACAACACAGUUACGAGGAAAGUCAAAAGCGACGGGUCGAAUAAUGGGAGGUUGGAUCUAAAUUCAAAUAUCGAAUUAAACUUUAAUGUUUUUUUUUUUUCAAACGUUUUAUAUUUGUUAUAAUAAUAAUGUAUCCGCGUGCAUUGAAAAAACAUUAUUUAUAUCGUAUUGUCUUUAUCUAAAUAGAAUAAAAUCUCGAAGUACCCAGUUCAAUAUAAGAAAAUAUAUAUUAUGAUAACUGAUAAGAGCUUGGCAUAAUUCGCCACGUAUUACGAAAUGAUUUAUUUCAUUCGCAACGCGAUUUUGUGUUUCAAAUGUUUUACAAGCGAUAUUCUAUAAAUAUAUCAAUAUUCAGAAUAUAUUAUA